CUCCAAGCAUCGACUGUGGGUCGCAAUAAUACCCAUCAAUCAUCUUCAUGUUUAACGGAGCGGACAAAUUAGAUCAGUGACCAUCGCGUUUGAAACAACAAUCACAACGAGAUGAUAUCGUCAAAUCAGGGGAAUCUCUAAUGACCAUUCCAGACCAUCCAGAUCAUCUUCGUUCCUUGAGUCCUUUCUUCCUACCCCUGUUUUCGCCUGAUAAGCAAAACAUUGGCCUCAGUUCCUGCCCACACUGAAGUCUGUGGGUGGCAUAUUUCAAUCUCGCUCAAUCUAGACCCCACUUAGUCUCAUUCUCUGAAGGCAAUCUACUAUCAUCAUUACUCUUAUUAUUAUUUAUUGUCAUCCCUCAACCGUCUACUACGCAUAAAUAGAAAGCAUGGAUAUCACCGCUCAUAACUUUGGGCUAACUCUCCCUAUGCUCCUAGAUGAGUUGUCAACCUGCUGUUUUGUAGCCCUGGACUUCGAGUUCUCAGGAAUAGCAAAAGCUCUCGAUGGAGGCACGAGCCGGAGGAGCACACUUCAGGAGCGGUACGAAGAGGUCAAGACAUCUGCCGACCACUUCCAGAUUUUGCAGGUCGGCUUGACCAUCUGUCAUGAAGACCCGAUGGAAGGUAUCUACACCCUGCGGCCGUAUAACCUGUAUUUGAGCCCGAUCAUUGACGACAGACUCGGAAUCGAAAGGCACUGGUCCUUUCAAAGCAGCGCUGUUUCGUUUCUCUUGACCCACAGGUUUAGCAUGGACUCGCUCUUCAGAAAUGGCGUGGGUUAUUUAUCUCGAGACGAAGAGAUCAAGGCCGUUGCCAGGGUCACUGAAAGGUUCAAACGUCCGGAAGCGACGACCACAAUAGGUGUUGAUGAAACCGAGUCUGAAUCAAUUGCCUUUCUCCAAGAAGUGCGACGUCUUGUGGAUGAGUGGCUCGCGCUUGGUACAGCCCGUGGCAACUACCUCAACAUCCCACCAGCCAGUCGUCCCGGUGCAGUCGAAAAGCCUGGUCUCAUGCCGGUGGAGCUUAACAGAUUCCAAAAGAGACUCAUAUAUCAACUUAUAGAGGUGGAGUACCCGUUGCUGAAAGCUUUCGGACGGCCGGCCGGGUUCCUGCAAAUCAUAGACCGCGACGAGAAGCGGGAACAAGCCGUCCUUGCGCAGAAAAUCGAGUCUACGCAGAAGAGAGCUUGGGAACAGACGGGGUUCAGAUGGGUCGCCGAGGCUCUGGCUGGUGGUGAUCUCACCAAUCUCCCGCAGGACUACUUUAGCAACCGCUGGGCAGGCUUGCAAGGGCCAAGGCCCCAGCUGAAUUCAGAUCAAAUCAAGCAACGCCUGCGAGCCACUCGACCAGUGCUCGUGGGUCACAAUCUUUUCACCGACCUGAUAUACUUCUGCCGAUGCUUCUUCGGGCCUCUGCCGGAUCGUGUCGAGGAGUUUCAAUCGAUGACUCAUGAGAUGUUUCCUGUUCUGAUGGAUACAAAAUAUAUGGCUACCCAUGAUUGCGGUUCCAUCAACCCUACGUCUUCCUUGCAAGAUAUUCACAACAAGCUGGCUCCCGACCCUUACCCGAAGACCAAGCUUGCUUCUCGGCAUACAAAAUACGAAGCUCACGGCAUCAACCAUGAGGCGGGCUAUGACAGUUUGCUCACCGCCGAAGUCUUCAUCAAGCUCUCUGCACAGCUUCGGGACCGGGGCGCAGACGAUGAACCUACACCGCCAGCCCAGGAGCUUAUCUGGCAGGGGUCAGAGGCUGAGCCUGCCUAUCCAACAACAGAAUCGAGACAGAAGCAAGAACACACAGGCGACAGGAUUAACUCCAAACUCGUUGAGCAUACGAUCAAUAAUUAUAUGAAUCUCCACACGGGCGAGGCUGAGGAGGCUAGCAAGAGCGCGGCUCUCAGUGUCAGCGCUGGGUGUCCAGGAGCGUCUGGGAUGGCGCUGAGACCCAAUAACUCGAUAGCAAUCCAAGAUAGAGCUAACCGUGGACAGCUGAUCCCUCGACUAGACGCCAAAUUCUGGAGCACCUACGGAAACAAGUUGCGUGUCUUUGGGACGCAAGAGAGGGUGUGCCACUUUGGGCCUUCCGCCUCCGACUCUAGAGUGUGCAGAAGCUGUCAAGAGACCAUUGUCCGCCGCCAAUAUGCCUCUGCCGCGACGAAACAGGGCCCCCCCGAGACCACGACCGCGCCGCCCAGCUCGGCCUUCCCCGUCGUGAAGCCCACCCACACCAUCAAAGCCGGCGUACUGCUGUCCCGGCAGCCCCAGAUCACCCGCGACCUGACCGAUUUCGAGAAGGCGUACUUCUUCUACCAGCGCCGCCUGAACGAGCGGCUGACGCUCCCCUUCACCAAGUACUUCUACUUCAAGCGCGGCACGCCCGCCGACGAGGACUGGAAGCGCAAGAUCCGCGAGCGCCAGACCGCCGCCCGCGACAUCGGCAAGUACAACGCCUACUCGAAGGACGCGUGGAACGACGAGCUGCUCGUGGGCGCCGUCGAGUCCGACCCGGCCCACCAGGUCGAGAUGCUCGUCCAGGACGCCGAGGCCACCGCCAAUGCCACCUCCCAGGACACCAGCAAGAAGGAGGAGAUCCCCCGGCCGUUCCCCCGGUGGACGGAGGCGGACGAGAAGGGUGACGACAAGAGUCUGAACCGGGCCCUGCAGCGGACGCUGUAUCUUCUCGUGCAGUCAAAGGAGGGAUACUGGAAGUUGCCCAGCUCGGCGGUGGAGCCGGAGGAGACGAUGAAGCAGGCUGCCCAACGUACCCUCGCCCAGGCGGCGGGUGUCAACAUGAACACCUGGUUCGUGGGCUACCACCCCGUCGGCCACUACGUCUACAACCUCCGCAAACCCUCCUCGGAGCUCCGCGGCGAGAAGACCUUCUUCAUGAAGGCGCGCAUCUUCACGGGCCAGGCCGACUUGACUGGCAAUGCUGAUAGCCUGACCGAUUUCAAGUGGUUGGCCAAGGACGAGAUUGCCAAGUACGUCCGGCCACAGUACUAUGCCAGCAUCAAGAACAUGCUGGCCGAGCGGUAAACGAAAACCUCCUGAGGAUGUUUUUGCUUCGUUUCCACUGUACUGUUAGGAUAGAAUUAGAUUGUUGAGGGGGUCUGCGGGGUGUGUGUGGCAGUUAGAACCGGGAAUAUUUGCAUAUAUCAUUUUGUAUGUGUCUGCGUGUGUGUGUCAUGUAUAACUAGCUUUCUUUACUACCAAAGUUCUUAUUCCAGUUAACUGUUGGAUAUCAUGUG